CACUUUUUAAAUUAAUUAGUAAGAUGAGUACCAGCUCGGAUGAAGGCAACUGUUCAAGCCAAUCGGCUGGUGGUGGUGCUAAUCAGGAAAAGAUGUACAAAGGCGUUCGGUGUAGACGAUGGGGCAAAUGGGUAUCUGAGAUUCGAGUUCCAGGAAGUCGAGAGCGGCUCUGGCUUGGCACAUUCUCUACGCCGGAGGGUGCAGCCGUGGCUCAUGAUGUAGCUUCUUACUGUUUGAGAGGGAGCACUUCUUUGCAUAAACUUAACUUUCCGUCUAUGUUACCUCCAACAGCACGGACAGACCUUUCUCCUAGGUCCAUCCAAAAGGCUGCGUCUGAUGCUGGCAUGGCCAUAGACGCGCGGUUUAUUACGUCUAGAGAAACCACACCAAUUCAUCAUGAGGCAUUGAACAUUUCUGUAGAUGAUUAUCUUUGAGUUUAGUGAACUAUUUCCCCACCGUUGUAGGUCGACAUUGAGAAACAUAAUGUGUGUGUUCAGUGGUGGUUCUUGAAUAUUAUUUUUAGCAGUAAUACAGUUUUUCUCUAUUUGAAUGUCUAUGAACUUGGAGUUAGAAACGUUCUAUUA